AUGAAGACUACAAUCGAAGGAUCUCCUUAUUCUCCUCCAGAUCCAGUCGUUCCGAGAGUCCUCCCGUCUCCAAUUAGUGAGGAUAAGAUACGUCCACCAGAAAUUACUGAGAUUCCUUUUGUAGUUUCAGAACCAAAACCAUUAACUCGUUCUGACUCAAGUACGUUUGAUGACAUGGCGCAACAGCUUGAAAAUCCAGCAGAUAUGAUCGAUUUCCAUCCUCUUUUAUCUCAAUUUUGCGAUAAUUGCAUUGAAAUUUCAAACAACAACUCAAUAUCUUCAUCAGACUCAAAAAUUCUUCCUAAAAUGAUAUCAUCAUUGCUAAAAGUUAUCGAGGCAAUACCAACAGAAGACUUAUUAUAUUUAAUCAACGGAUUUCAAUCAUUAACAACUGUAAUGCACUCAAAACCAUCAACACCUUCUCUUGCAAGACUAAAAUCACCAAAGCCAAUCACAAUUAUUCCAGUAGUUAAAGGUCAAGAGAAAAAAGGUCCAAAACUCAUUACUCCUCGCUUGAUGCAAGCAAAACCAGUUAAUACGCAUCAACCUCUUGCUCCUCUCACAGAUCUAGGCCACUCACAAGAUUUAGAUUCUUUAUUAAAUUUAAUUAACUUUGUUAUUGCGAAAGCAUCAUAUCAUUUCACAGAAUCAUUACCACCAAUCGAUAAGAAGACAUACGAAUCUAUCGCAAACUUCUGUUUUUCAACAAUUUCCCAUCAAAAUCACAUAAGUACGAGAAUUUACUCAGCAGCAGUUCUUUCCAACUUAUCCAAGGAUAAAGAAUCACUCACAUGUAUAUAUACAAUGCCAAACUGGACUCAAACCGUUACAAACUGUUUAUCAUCUGAAAUUGAACAAAAUGAUUCAUUCAAACAGUUCAUAAUCUACUUAAUAUCAUUCAUAAACAAUGUUUCAGCUGAUAAAACCUCAGAAAACUUAAUUCCUCAGUCAAAUAUUUCAAUAAUGCUGUUUAAAAUCCUCAAACAGCUGUCGAAUGAUGCUCAAGUAGUUCUCCGGUGCUUCUGCUUCCUCUCUAAAUCGUGUAAUGACGCUUCCUCUCGUUCAGAUGCGAUAACUGAGUUUGGAUCUGAAGAUUUGAUAGGAAUUUUCCUUUCUGUAAUCGACAAUUUCAGAGAUGAUGAAGCCAUUAUAUCGAGAUCGUGCUUUAUCCUGUCAGAAUUCGUUGAUAAAGAGUUUGAUUUUUCUAACGCGGUUUCUACGGCCAAUUUGUCAGUAAUUUUCGAUUCCCUGAAGACAGCAAAGAACACAGGAUGCGUUGAAUCACUUACUGCUCUGAUCGCGUGCUUGAUUUCUGUAAAAUCUUGUAUCUCAUUAAUUUCCAAAAAUUUAGUGUCACUUUUACAAACAUCAAAACCGUUUUUAUCGGUCACAUCAUGUCCAAUUAUUUUAGAGACAUUGCGUACACUUUGUCGGGCUACUACUGUUGAUUCUGCCACAGUUUUGAGGCCGUUAGAUGACUGGUUAUCAACAGGUGACACAGAAAUUGAGAAAUUGGCUCUUUGUUUGUGUUUUGAUGUUAGCGAAUACGGGAUUCCUCUGGAUGUAGCACAGAUUGUGUUGCCUUAUGUUGGUGAUGACAGGAAGGACUUGUCUUUCCUUGCAAUCAGAGUCAUUUCUGGAGCAGCGAAAGAUCCAAUGAUUUCGUCUCUUUCUGAGAAAAUUGACUCCAGAGUGAAAAGAGUUAUUGAAAACGAGGAAUUGGACCAGGGAACAGUCUCUGAACUAGGAAAACUGUUUGAGAGCCUUCCUCAGGGUGUAUUGUCUGAACAGACACUGGAUGACGCAAGAGCUUUCGAUGAUUUAGCUAUUUAUACUAUAUAG